AUGGCAAAGGCAUCGCCAGACUCUCCGCCGCCGGAGCAGUCGCUCUCCACGGAUCCUCACGAAACAGAUCCCGCGCUCCUCCAGCAGCACUCGCACUUCAAGACGUAUAGGACGAGCCGGUUCGAGUAUCCCGAGAUCCGCGUCUUCUUCCGCCAGCAUGUCAAGGCCGACCAGCUGCCCAAGAAGCCGGCGCCGCUGCCCCUGCUGGUGUGCAUCCCGGGCCUGGGCGGCUCUGUCGCGCAGUUCUACCCGCUGCUGAGGAGCUUGAUUGAUCUGGCGCCGUGUCUGGCAAUUGACUGGCCCGGAGGCGGGAGGUCCAAGUUUGCGCCCAGGCAGUGGGAGGCGUAUACUUCCGAGGCGCUGAUGGAGCUGCUGGAGGUCAUCAUCGAGGACUAUCGCGACAAGGAGCACGACCAGGGCGUCGUCUUGAUUGGACAUAGCAUGGGAACCGCGCUGUCGGCUGGCUUGGCGGACAAGAAGCUUCCGCAUAGGACGUCUCUCGCAGAGCACGUUGUCGGCUUAGUGGCGAUUUGUCCGGUAUCUGGACCGAUGGAGGAAGCAAAAGCGAAGCUUGUCAGGAAGCUCUUUUGGAUCCCCGGCUGGGUCUUUGCCCUGUGGCGAGCGUGGGACAGCCGAGGAGGACUCAACAGCACCAGCGUCUCGAGGUUUGUGGGAGAGGGCGCGCCCACUGAGCUGAGGCUCAUGCAGUAUCGAUAUAACAAGCAGAGUCGCACGCCGGUCUGGAGGCGAAUGGCAUACGGCGCCUUGCCGACUGGGUAUCGGGAUGGGAAGCCGGUUGGUGGCAUUCCGGGGCUGGAUUCGUGGGCGAGCUUGGAUAUUCCCGUCUAUCUCAUUGGAGGCGAAAAGGAUAAUGUGACGCCGCCGAAGGAGGUGGACAAGAUCGUUGCGGCCUUUCACGCGGCAGACAAGGCUGCAGCAGCGUCGACUGGAACCGAACAAGCGCAGGACGAACCGGAAUCCGUCAACGGCUCGACACAGCUCGAAGCCGAUACGAACGGCAACGGCCUGAAGGCGGAUCUUGCCGAAGACGGCGACAGCGAUGCAAACGGCCCCUCAACGCCGGUCGAGGACUCCCCAGAGCUACCGCCCCAACCGCAGCACCCUGCGCGAGCCAUUCGAUCCAUCAUCCUCACCGGCUCGGCGAACCACACCCUCCUGUACUCCCCGCGCACCGUCCGAGCCCUCGCCGGCCUUGUAUCAGACUUCCUCGCCGAGCACAUCACGCAGCGCCUCUCCCUCGCGUGGCAGCUGCAGCACCUCUCGCGCGAGGGCAAGUGGGACGUCAAGAACCUCAUCAAGUGGCAGUCGGUCAAGCCCGUCUCGGAGCCCAUCGGCCCCGCCGGCAAGCCCGUGUUCCGCGUCAUCAAGACGCUCCGCGAGGCCGACGACGUGCACUGCCCGGCCGCCUUCGCCGACGCCUGGGGCCACGUCAUCAAGGACGUCGUCGACAUCUCCAAGGACCAGCCCGUGUACGACCCGCGCGGGCUCGAGCGCCGCGGCAUCCACUACCACAAGUUUCCGACCGUGUCCAAGGUCCCGCCCGACGGCGAGACGGUCGACCAGUUCAUCCGCCUCAUCGACUCCCUCCGCGAGACCCAGCGCGAGAGGGCCGUGGCCGAGGCCUGGCCGGACCCCGAGCAGUGCGUCGUCGGCGUGCAUUGCCACUACGGGUAUAACCGGUCGGGGUACUUUGUCGUGUGCUACCUCGUCGAGAGGUGCGGCUUUGCGCUGCCGGACGCGAUCGAGGCGUUCAAGACGGCGAGGCCGAAUGGGAUUCGGCAUUCGCACUUUUUGGAUAAGUUGUAUAUGCGAUAUAAUCUCGAGCAGGGGGCCUGUUGA